AGCAUUGUGGCGCGAUACAUCCAGCAUGGGAGCUGCCAAGAGGCGGACCGAAUCACGUGCGCGAAGUCAUCAACGAGAACUGCCUUCUCACCCUACAGCAAAUCAUCCGACAGCUCAGGGCACGUCUCCCUGCUAAACCUGAGGUCCAUGACCGGACAGUGGCGAGGAUGCUGGACGGGAUGCUUUACCGGGUUAAGCUCGCCAGACCACUACCCGCGGACAGAAACAGACCAGAUGUUCUGCAAAAAAGGGUGGAGUACGCCAACUGGUUCAUGGCCAUUGGUGUUGUAAGACAUUGUAUCUUUAUAGACGAAUGUGGGUACAAUAUUUGGACCGCCAGAAACCACGGAAUGGCAAGGCUAGGAGAAAGAGCAUGCCGACAGGUGUGUAGGCAGCGUGGCCGAAAUCUAACUGUCACGAUGGCAAUAUCCCCGAUUAAUAUGCUGAUAUUCCAUUCAGCAUUAGUUGUAGGUAUGAAUGCUGGACGAUUUGCGGAUUUUUUGACGCAAGUGCGGCUAAAUCUUGAUCCUGACGAGAACGUCGUGUUAAUUUAUGAUGGGGCACCAGCGCACCGCAACGCCGUUAACCCGGGCCCAAAUACAGAAAUAAAGAUGUUGCCGCCCUACAGUCCGUUUCUUGAUCCUGCAGAGCAGGCAAUAAGUUGUUUGAAAGCAGCGAUAAAGGCAGAUAUUUCACGGCCUCAAAUACAGGCAGAUAUGAACAACAGAGAUGAAGCAAGGAACAGAGGAGUACCAUUAGGUAUUUAUCGCACAAAUUUGUUGCUGGAAGCGCUUCCACGAAACAUCAACACCAUCACACAGCCAAAAUGUGCCGAAUGGUAUAGGUCCAUGCAAACCUAUCUACCACGCUGCCUCAACGGCGAAAUGAUCGAAGGGUGAUUUUUUAGUACUAGUAUCAUUUAUUUUGCAUGUAUGUGCAUUAUUAGGGCGCAAAUAAACGAUAAGUAAUUGAAUAAUUAUUUUAGGAUAUUGUUUGUCAUAAAGGGCUUAUUGUUUGUACGGAGGCGCUAACGUUUGUAAGAAGCACGCAAAUGACUUUCACAAAAUACUAUUGUUUGCACUUGCUGUAAUAAAAAUGUUAAUGAAUAUUUCGUUCACUGUAUUGAUUGCGAGGUCUUGUAUUGAUAUUUUGUUUGUGUUAUUGUUAUGUAUCAACGCGCCAAUGAAAAUAGAUUUUUUAUUCCGGGUUGUCGAAUAGUGUAAAUGAAUGUGAAAAAAAUGCAAUUGUGUGCACUCAAUUAUGUAAAGUUCGUUAAUGUAUUUCCGUUAGUUCGAAUGAUUUUACUUUCGCUUAAAUGACAGUACAUAGGCGUAAGUGUUUGUAAUUUUGGCUAAAAUGAAUGCGUAUUUCUCGGUAAUGAAAAGCAAAAGGUGUAAAAGACACUGCGGGUAGAAGACUUGUCUUGACUGCGAUUCUGUUUACUUUAUACUAUAUAAGCACAAUGAAUCAAGGCUCAUUUUUAUUGCUAUAUUAUCUUGAUGGUUGACAUUAAUUAUUAUAAUAGAUUAUGUGAUAAAGUAGCUAUGAUUUGCCCAGAAAGAGAUGUAUUAAUUUAUGCAGCUUAAAUGGUCUCAGAACUAUUUUCGCGUUAGCUUAUGAGAGCUUUUAAAAAGCAUCGUGAAACAGUGCUGGUGUUUUCGAAGACAAUUGGGGGUGUUAAGAGUUGGGUGUUUUGGAACAUUAAUGUUCAGCCAAUUCUCCAUACGCUAAAAGUUCCCGAUAUUGCGCUGCUUCAACGAGACUGAGGUUCUGUUUAAAGUGCGCCAGCAUUGCGGACAUAGCUGCGCUAAGUUGAUUAUUCCAAGGAGUUGGAAAUAUUGGUGGACUACUUCACGACAUUGUGUACAAACGGUACCAGUAUUGCUUGGUGGGACAAAGGGCGUUGGUGGGCCCAGCAAGACCUCAAGUUGGACAUCAACGACAGGAACGACGUGACCAAAAAAAGCUUUCGUGCUUAGCGCUCAAUUCUUAACUAGUUUUUUGUAAAAAAUCUCUCGUUUUUUUAGUCCCCCAAAAAAACCUAAAGACAAGCCUUGAAUCUUAUUUCUAACAUAGCGAAUAAGGAAAGUCUAGUUCUCAGCUCACACGUCUCCGUUUCACGCUUAACCGUGAAACUAGGGGUUUUCACGUUCCAAAUUAAAGAAAAGCGGCUGAAAUGUAUCAGACAGAAACAUUUCAGAAUGCAUUUCACGUCUGGCCCUUUGAAUUUCUUAUUGUUUUAUGCCAUCGCCGUUCACGUUGCUGUUGUCUUUGCUUAAAUUCCCUAAUAUGUAGUAGCUCACCAGCAUUUCCCUUUUCUGUGAUAAAAAAAACAAAGCUCUUACAGAAAUACUGGCGCUAUGCAUCACACAGGAGCUUUAAACCACGAAGUGUAUUUCCUCAUGAUACAAAAAUACUAAAUAAAGAAGCGAGAAAUUGA